AACGUGGUACGCUCACAUCUUAUUUAAUGUUGUUAUCCUUAUUAACAUUAAGUGCUUAUAUAAUGCAUAGUACUCGUCACAAAGAACGAUAUCCAUUAAAUCAAUAAGAUACUUUGACCAUCACAUAACUUUUCUUACGUGGUGUGUGUAACUUUCACCAUCCGAAGUCAAUCACACGAUUCGGACGAUCCGACUGCAGAUAUAAAUAUGCAACUUGUGUCAUUUCAAGUCUCUCGAGUAGUGAACUGCGACCAAGACUGGUGAACAUGUGUCAGAUCGUGUGUGAGUGAGGCUUCGUGUGUGAUAUAGGGAACCUGUCAAAAUGACCCUUCCCAAACGGACUGCAAGGAUGUCGGGGAGGGCAGAGGAGAUCCAUGAUGCCCUACGCCAACGUAUUCUCGUCAUUGAUGGGGCGAUGGGAACUAUGAUUCAGCGCCACAAACUAGAAGAGGAUGAUUACCGUGGAGAAGAAUUUAGAGACCAUGAGUGUAAUUUGAAGGGAAACAACGAUCUUUUAUCCUUAACACGACCUCAGAUUAUUCUUGGGAUUCACAAGGAAUACCUUGAAGCUGGUGCUGAUAUAAUAGAAACCAACACAUUCAGUGGAACAUGGGUUGCUCAAGCUGAUUAUCAUCUCCAGCAUAUUUGUUACAGGUUGAAUCUGGAAUCAGCUCGUCUUGCGAGACUUGUCUGCAGAUGA